UUGUUACUCAGUACGAUAUGAGCAGUCGUGUGGUGUGCGUGGGGUCGUGCACAGUCUGUCAGAAGUUAUAGCACAGUAUACACAAAAUUGAGUUUAAUAGUGUAAUUGUUUAACAUAUACGAAAACAACUUCCCUAAAUAAAUAAACAAAUAUUAAGUUUCCAAAUAUGUUUGAACGGAAUGGAGAGAAGUACGUGGCUACUUUGGAUGUUGGAACGACGACCUUGAGAUGUCUUAUUGUUAAUUCCAAAGCGGAAAUUGUUGGGAGCGCUUCCACAGGGAUGAAGCUCGUUUAUCCGCAACCGGGUUUCGUUGAAAUCGACCCGGACGUACUUUGGGAGGAUGUGAUGGACGUAAUCAAAGAGGCAAUAAGCAGUGCUAGCUUAUCAGCAGCGGAUGUGUCGUGCAUUGGGAUCUCCACGCAACGCGGAACAUUCAUCACGUGGCGCAAAGACACCGGAAAACAUUUCCACAAUUUCAUCACCUGGAAAGAUAUGAGGUCGCUGUCGUUGGUAAAAGAGUGGAAUAAUUCCAUUGCUAUGAAGAGUUUAAGAUCAAGUGCGUAUAUGCUGUACUUGCUCACCAGAAACAAAAGGUGGCUAGCUGGAAGUAACCUGAUGUUGAAUAGUACCCAGACUACCUUAAGAUUGAUGUGGAUGUAUGAAGAUAUACCGGAACUUCGAGGACAAACGGUCAUUAACAACGUGAUGUUCGGUACGUUGGAUACGUGGUUACUGUACAAAUUCACUUCUGGUCGGACGUACGCCACGGAUUAUACGAACGCCAGCGCUACAGGAUUCUUCGAUCCCUUCGUCUUGGACUGGUCUUCCUGGGCUCAUACAAUCCUCAAACUUCCUAAAAACAUUCUACCUCCAAUCGUUAACAAUGAUUACGAUAUUGGAUCUACGUCUGAACAUAUUUUCGGAGCUUCAAUACCCAUAAAAUGUGUGAUUGCAGAUCAACAAGCUUCAAUGUUUGGCUCUUGCUGUUUCACCAACGAAAUCCUUAAAGUGACACUUGGUACAGGAUCAUUCCUCGACAUUCAAACGAACGUCCCUCAUGGUAGCUGCAACGGCCUGUAUCCUUUAAUUGCACGAAUUUUGAAGGACAAAAUUUAUUACACGGCCGAAGGUUCUUGUAAUGACACAGGUUCACUGAUCCAAUGGGCAUUAACAAAUGGGUUAGUUAAAGACGCCAAAGAAAUAGCCCCUUUGGUGAUGAGUGUCGAUUCUAAUGAUGGAGUAUACUUUGUGCCUGCGUUCAGUGGUCUUGGAUAUCCAUUUUGCGACGAUAAAACUGCAUCCGGAUUUUUGGGUAUCAAACCUACAACCAAAAAAGCUCACAUGCUCAGGGCUAUUUUGGAAAGCAUCGUGUUUAGAAUAGUUUUACAGUACGAACUGAUGAAGAAGGAGAUAAAAAAUGAGAUUGAAACUAUUUAUGUCGAUGGGGGAGUUUCAAACAACGAGUUUGUUUGUCAACUUUUAGCGGAUAUGAGCAGAUUACCAGUGGAAAAACCUCGAUGCAGCGAAAUGUCCGCAAUGGGAGCAGCUUUCAUCGCAGGUUUAAAUCAAGGAAUUUGGGAUAGUGCCCAGGAUAUAAUAGCUUUAAGGGAUGUAGAGAAGACUUACAUUCCAACGACACAUUACGAAGUUGUUAAAAGGAACAGGGCCGAACUGGAGAAGUGGACACAAGUCUGUCAUAGGUUUAAGACAUGGUAUUGAAUGAAAUCGCAUUGAAUUCCAAAAAUAUAGUAAUUUUAUGUUUAUUACACUAUGCUCUUUAAUUAUAUAUACUAUUUACAA